CGCCACCUUGCCCACGUACCAGGGCCCCACCUGUCAGCCGGACAUCCUCGCGCUCGCAAAACCGCCCCCCGGAAACCGGCGACUCCACCGCCCGCCAACCCAGUCUUGGACCGAGCUGAGCCGCCAUGGCGACGACGCGGCCGGCGCGCAGCGACCCGCACCUGCCGCCGGAGGAGGCGGCGCGGGUGGAGGCCGAGGUGCGGGGCUACUUCGACAGCAUGGCCCCCAGGCGCCCUUCCAAGCCGCCGCGGAGCGACCCGUCGGACGCCGGGGAGGGUGGGGCGGAGGCCGACGCCGACGCCGACCUGCCGGAGCUUCGGAGGCUCCGCGACCUCGAGGCCAAACCCCAGAAGUUGGUGCUGGACGGUGGGGAUGUGAACGGGGAGGAGUAUGUGGAGACGCAAUACUACAACGGGCUCAAUUGCAUCGACAAGCAACACCACACGACUGGUACAGGGUUUAUCAAAGUGGAAAGACCCAAUGGUAGCUCCUUCAACGUGACAACCGUUGCCUACUCAUCUGACAGCAUUAUCCGCUGCAUGAGCAACCCUGCAACAAAUGAUUGGAUACCAUCCUCAGAGACGGUAUGGCAGUAAAAAUGUUAUUCCAGUUUCAAACAAGCCUAGCAGGAGUGACUCCUGAGUCCUGACCGGGUUCCCUUCUGCUGUAUGAAUCUUUUUAUAAAUCAUCUGAAGAGAAUAAAGAGCACAUAGAGCAGCCACUUCUGUAUAUCGGAGGAACUCAGAGAAAGGUAGAGAAAUGAAAGCGCUGCAACUGCAAGGUUUAUAAGGCAUGAAUCUGUCCUGCUCUUCAUCGUGUUUUAUGUGAACUUGUCGUAUGCAACUUCACUGUUCAUACUCAAAACUCAGUAUCAUGAAUGAUUGGUGUAACCGUGUAAGUGGAUAGAGUACCAGUUCUGUCAGUUUUUUCUCUUUGCUGUAAGGAUAUUUUCCGUGUGUCUAUGGAAAAUGGGUCAUUGCCAGAUAAAAAGUUCUGUCAGCUUAUGGUCA